UAAUUAAGUCUAAUUUCAGACUCGUGCGUCUGAAUAUUCCUGAAUUUCCUGCGCUUUUAAUGUGAUUUUUGGGUUUAACAUGCAUGAUAUUGAUUAUGUCCGUGUGUUCAUGUGCAGAUAGCUAAAGGAAGAUGGCAGCGUGUGCAAUACGUCGGGGCUUAUUGUCCACUGCUAGUAAAUAUAACCAGCACAAGUGCACUCACAGAAUACUGAGUGCAAUAGACUUCAGCAGCGGAUUAGAUCCGAAAAGAGCCCAGCCGUUGUGUUCAGCUUGCAGGUUGUCCAGUUUUCAACAGACGAGGUUCAUGGCGUCACGAAACAGACCGGAGGGGAAAGUACUAGAGCCUGUUGGAGUAUUUGAAGCUCUGAAGCAGCACGGCAAAUAUGAAACUGGGCAGCUAUUCCUGCACAGUGUGUUUGGUUAUAGAGGCAUUGUGUUAUUCCCUUGGCACGCUCGUCUGUAUGAUCGAGACGUGAGUCCUGCUGCUGCUACUGACAGCAAGCCAGACUCCACAGGCCAUGGCUCAAAGGAAGUGAAGGGCAAAAUGCAUACUUACUACCAGGUCCUCAUAGACACCAGAGACUGCCCUCACAUAUCUCAGCGAUCUCAGACUGAAGCAGUUACGUUCCUGGCAAAUCACGAUGAUAGCAGGGCCCUGUAUGCAAUUCCAGGUCUGGAUUAUGUGAGUCAUGAAGACAUCCUGCCUUAUAACUCCACUGAGCAAGUUCCUAUCCAGCAUGAGCUGUUUGAACGCUUCCUCAUGUUUAACCCCUCCAGAAAUCCUCCGUUCACUGCAAGAGAUACCCUACGGGCCUGGCAGGAGAAGAACCAUCCCUGGCUGGAGCUCUCAGAUGUGCACCGCGAAACCACAGAGAACAUCCGUGUCACUGUUAUCCCCUUCUACAUGGGCAUGAGGGAGGCUCAAAACUCCCACGUGUACUGGUGGCGGUACUGCAUCCGUCUGGAGAACCUGGGCAAUGAGGUGGUUCAACUCAGGGAAAGACACUGGAGGAUCUUCAGUCUCUCAGGGACUCUGGAAACAGUCCGUGGCAGAGGAGUGGUUGGCAAGGAGCCUGUUUUGUCAAGAGAACAGCCUGCAUUUCAAUACAGCAGUCAUGUUUCACUUCAGGCACCCAGUGGACACAUGUGGGGGACAUUCUGUUUUGAGAGGACAGAUGGCUCACACUUUGACGUGCGCAUUCCACCUUUUUCACUAGAGAGCAAUAAGUAUGACAAAGCUCCCCCUACUGGCUAUCCCUUGUAAUAAACCUGCACCUAUAAGCCUACCAUAACGGCUCAGUUCAGCAUCCCUAUGGGCUGUUCCCUUGGAGAUCCAUGUUUUACCUUCCUUAUCAGUGCUCCUUGAAUAUACAAUGGUUUUUGCAAAGCAUAUUUCAGUCUCUGACUGCAGCGCUGAAUAUUUGUAGCAACUGCAUAUCUUUAAAGGAAAAAAGGAAUAGUAAGUUAAAAUCAGGAGUUAUUAAAUGUGAUGCAAGUGUGCAAUGGGGAUGUGAUUCUUUCAAACUCUUGCACCUCGAAAGGCCGUAUUAAGAAGAUUUGAAUGUGAUUAGUUUUUUUGUUUUUUCUUCUAUUUAUUUGGACGGCUGUGUUCAUCAAUUGAAUAAGCUUAUUAGCGUUAAUCAAGCGUAUUGUCAAUUUAUCUUUAAGUUUAAAC